UUUUAUUAGUAGUUAGGUUUGGACUUUUCAAACUUAGCUAGGCCCCUCAUCUGUUUAAAUUAAUCUUUUCUACAACUUGUGCUUAAAGAAUUUUUCAAGUUCAGUGUUGCACCUGGAUUCCGCCAUCUCCUUGUCGGGUUGUUCUUUGAGCCAAUUACAAUGGCAAUUGAACUAUGUUCAGAUGAUUCUAGUCCUCGCAUUUCUUUCUCUCACGAUAUUUCUCAAUCUGAUACAAUGCCUGUCGAACCGUAUAUUCGAUCAACAGAUUACUCAUCCUCCUCUAGUCCUGAUUUUGGUUUUUGUGUGUUCCAUCAAAGCUUUGAUCUUGAAUCUUCGUCAGCCGAUGAGCUUUUCUUUGACGGCAAAAUUCUCCCUAUUGAAAUGAAGAGAAAGAUUCCGCCAACUCUUCCACCUAACAAGGCAGAAAAGACGUCGAUCACCCCCAAUGAAAAUCUGAUGGAAAUGCCGAAAAGUGGGAAUCUUGGUUCGAAUGAAAACCAGAACUCAAAGUCAUUUUGGAGAUUCAAGCGUAGUAAUAGUUUGAAUUGUGGAAGUAGUAGUAAUAGUAGUUCUAGUUAUGCAAGAACUUUAUGCCCUAUACCGCUUCUACCUCGAAGUUAUUCAACUGGUUCAACUCCAAGUGUGAAGCACAAACAGCAUUACCAGAAGUCAUCUUCAUCAGUUUCUAAUGGUCAUUAUUAUUAUCAAAAGCCUCCUUUAAGGAAGAUUCCAAAUAAUCCUUACAGCAGUGGAAUAAAAAUCAACUCAAAUUUGUUUGGUUUGAGCUCUAUCUUUUCAAGUCGCAAGGAAAAGAACAAGAAGAGGUGAUCACCGGAGCUUUAAUGCACCGUAAAAGGCAGCCCCAGUGCAUUAAAGGAAGGGUCGGACCACAAGGUUUUAUCGCAUGCAGCCUUACCUUAUAUUUCUGCCCGAGACUGUUUCUACGACUUGAAUGGUGAUUGAUUAGUGUAAAGAGUACUAUUUUUAAGUAGUAGUAAAUGUUCCUUAAUUAGUCUGUUUUCAAUUACAUUACCAUUGUUUAGAUUGAGGAAAGAAUAAUUGGGGCCAGAGAAUGGACAAAAUUCAUUUUCAUGCCCCAUGCUUCUUUUUUAAUAAAAACAGGUAAAAUUUGCUA